UGCAUAGCAGCAGUGUUGUGUGUCGAAGGAACAUCGGCUAAGAACUUCUCUCGGCUGUGAUUGACAAAAGCCCGUUAACACGUUGUUCGUCCAGCCUUUAGAGAAGGUGUCUGAACCUGAAACCGUCGGGUCUAUCGGUACAAUUCUACUCCUGAGCCGGACUUCGCAGACGUUACGUUGGGACAAUGGAAUCUCACGUUAUCCCGGACAGUAUCCGCCCUCAGAGGCUACAGCCAGGGAUCGGAUUCGGUUCGGGACCGACCGGGACCCUCCGCUCCUCUCUCCGGCCCGGGGUUACGGUCCCCAUCGCGCCGCUGCUGCCCUCCCCGGCCUCGUUGGCCGCCUCGUCCGGGCCUCCCCCGCCGCCUCCUCCGCUGCAGCUCCACAGCCUGUACGGCGGCGUCGGAGCGGGGCUGGGGCCGGGGGCUACCGGCCACUGUAACCCGGGGAACCCGGCGGUGCUGAAGGAGGCGGUGGAGGCUGUCGUCCGCAGCUUCGCCAAACACACGCAAGGUUACGGCAGAGUAAACGUCGUGGAAGCUUUACAGGAGUUUUGGCAGAUGAAGCUGACCAGAGGAGCUGACCUGCGGAAUGGAGCAUUAGUUGUUUAUGAAAUGGUCCCAUCCAACAGCCCACCAUAUGUUUGCUAUGUUAGUCUUCCAGGAGGCAGCUGCUUUGGAAGUUUCCAGUUCUGUCCGACCAAGGCAGAGGCAAGACGCAGCGCUGCCAAGAUUGCCCUCAUGAACUCAGUGUUCAAUGAGCACCCCUCUCGUCGGAUCACAGACGACUUCAUUGAGAAGAGCGUGAGUGAGGCCCUGGCCUCCUUCAAUGGAAACAGAGAAGAGGCUGACAAUCCCAACACAGGAAUUGGAGCAUUUCGCUUCAUGCUGGAGUCCAACAAAGGAAAAUCCAUGCUGGAGUUUCAGGAGCUGAUGACUGUGUUUCAGCUGUUGCACUGGAAUGGAAGCCUCAAAGCCAUGAGAGAACGACAGUGUUCCCGACAGGAGGUGCUGGCUCACUAUUCCCACCGGGCUCUGGAUGAUGACAUGCGGACUCAGAUGGCGGCCGACUGGGUGAACCGAGAACAGAGCGUCGCGGGCACUAUUGCGCAGGAGCUGGCCUCCACAGAGCGAGAGCUGGAGGAUGCCAGGCUGGCGGGCAGAGAACUGCGUUUUUACAAAGAGAAGAAAGACAUCCUGAUGUUAGCUGUGGGUCAGCUCAGUGCAGCCAACACUGCCACCCUGCCAUCACACUAAGCCCAGCGUGUGGAAACAUGUCUUCACACUCCAUAGCAUUCCUGGUAACAGUAUUGAACAUUUCAUUGGGAUAAAGGUGCUUCAUCUGAUUUGUUUUUUAGGUUUUGUAUCUUGUGUUUUGUUACGAGCACCGGGUAAUCAGGCCUUGAUUUUACAGUAUGCACAGCCGUCCAUAAAUCAAACACUUACCGCUAUAGCCGUUACCUCUUUGUGCCUAGUGAUUACAGGAUAACAGCGUCCUUUUUUAAAAAUACCUGUAGACGUGCUUGGCAUGCCAGCUUACUGGGGUGUACGUGUUUUUUUUCAUCAUUUCAUACUGUAACAAACAAAACCUGCCUUUGAUCAGUGAAUGUACAGGUCAUAAGGUAAUAUGACCCAACACACCAAACACAUAUGAGGUAAAGAUCAUUUUGAAGUCAGACCAGUGUGUUUCUUUAAUGUUUUGGGUGUGUUAAUUUACAGUACUUAUAGUGUUGUGUACUCUGGCAAGUCAAAGUGGUAAAAACUAUCAAAAAAGAAUGCAUAGCAGAAAUGAAACUUUCUCUCACAGUCUUUAAAAUAUUAACACAGAAAUAGCAAAAACAGCAAUGAAGGGGAUAAAAGAUCCCAUAUAAUGUCAGCACAUCACAGGGAGGUUUUCCAUAAAGGGUAUAGAUCUUAUCCUACCAGUUGUAAUGAGAAUAUAAUGUAAGUAGGUGAUAAUUCCAGUAAGCACUGAAAAAUACUUAUUGGCUCAUGUAAAAAGUUGUGGGUACUGAUUGCUCUGACAGCAGCUCAGGUUUCUGGAAAAUCAGAUAGUGAACCAUCACUUUGUUUUAUUUUUGUCUGUCAAGGCUUUUAACAACUAUUUUAGCAUUCAUUGUAUGCUUGGUGACCAUGACACUAGCUGAAUGUAUAUUUUCAGUGUGCUCUAAACUAAAGGACCUGCAAAGCAGACGCUUUUUAGACUACAGAAUUACUCUUGUGAUACAGGUUGUGUUUGUCGCGUGCUUCAUCUAGAGGAGAUCAAAAGAGUUGGUGCUUGGUCGACUAAAAUGUAGGUGAGGGUCUCAACAAAAAAAAGCCACACAGUGGAAAAUGGCCAAAAAAUGAGACGAUGGAUCUUUUGUUAGAAUGAAGUUUGGCGUUUUAGCAAGCUGAUUCACCAUGUGUGAGUCAUGUGUGAGUCAUCCUUGUCAAUAUAAAACAGUGCCAGCGCUCGUGGUUUAUGUUUUUUGAGAUUUUUAGAAGCAGAAUUUGGUUGUUAACAGUGCAAGUGUAUGUCCAUGGGCUAAAAAAAAAAUGUAUGUAACUCGCACUUAUCACCUUUCAAAUAUUUUAUGUUGAAGGAGCUGAUUUCUUUUAUACUGUAAAUGUGAUAUCCUCAUAUUUCCCUGUCUAUCUAAAAUGUAUUUUUUUUAACAUUAUAAGAAUGAAGGCAUUUCAACGGGUAGCCUUUUGAAGACCCCAUGUAAUGGAAAUGAGAGUUUAAUUAUGAUAAUGAGUGUUUCUGGUUGGAAGGAAAUGUGGGCAAUGAGUUAUGCAAGAUAAACAGUAGGAAGGCUUGUGCUGCUGAUUGUCAAGAGCAGAAAGUGAUUACACAAAUUUUAAGGAUGCUGUAUCUCUCUGUGAUCAUUGUGCCUUUAUGAAGUCGGUAGCAUGCAGUGGUUAGACCAUUUAAAUUUCAUUGAAUGGGGUCUUUAAAAGACGAUGCUACUCUACUUUAAGACCUUUGGCCUAUAUUACCGUUACAAUACGUUAAUGUGUCGCUAUGAAGGAUUUAUUAAAUCUUACUACCUUUGGUAUUCAUUUAUAACCAUUAUAUAUAACUGGUUUGGUACGCAGCUCGCAAAAUAUGUGUGCCGCACCAGUAGAAAAACGUUUCUAAGCAAUUUUGUCCUAUGGCAAAGACCCUGCAGCGCUCUUCAGUAAAUACUGAAAUGAUAAAAUAGGCAGUUGAACUGAUGUAAUGCACACUUUGACCUCACAGUUCUGCAGCUUGAAUCCAGCCUUGUUAAUCCGACAUUUUCCUCUUCACUUUACAUUUUGAACCAAACCACUCCAAGAAUCGCAACAACUGAUCUGCUUUCAGUGAUUGUAUCGUCCUAAGAAACCAAUUUCAAGUCCAACUUAAGACCAAACCGUGCUGCCAGUGCACUCGUGCUAAAGCUGAAAUGUAAUUAAGGACAAAAACUCAACAAGUAUGUAAAUGAGCUGGUUGUCGGAAUGAGGCUGGAGAUCUUGAAUCAUGUGUUCUUGGAUUUUUCUUCUAAUUUAGAGGCUUAUUAUGUGUGUGUUUUUUUUUUUUUUUGUUUUGUUUUUUUUUUUUUACCACGACAUUAAUCUCAGAGCUCUCAUCUUACAAAUGCCUUUGACCUUUCUUUGUGAUCAUUAUCAAUGAAGGCUUUUUUUUUUAAACAGUAUAUAUUUUUUGCUAUCCAUUUUAUACAUAAAAAAAAAAAAAACACAAAAG